CUAACUACCGCCUACCCAUCAUCGCCCCAUCACUCUACCCUUUCCCUAUCAAGCUUUUCGGAAUUGCUGCAUCAGUUCUCUCCUCUUUCAAUCGCCCCAUAACACUGUCCCGAGCACUGCCACCAUGUCUCGCGGUGGCCAAACCCUCUACGUGACCGGCUUCAGCCACGGCACCCGCGCUCGCGACCUCGCCUACGAGUUCGAACGCUACGGACGUCUUGUCCGCUGUGACAUCCCUGCACCAAGGUCAACCUCUAGCCGACUCUUUGCCUUUGUCGAAUACGAGGAUCGACGCGAUGCCGACGAUGCCUACCAUGAGAUGCACAAUAAACGCAUUGGCCGUGAUGACAUUCUAAAGAUUGAGUGGGCCCGCACGCCUCCUUCUGCCUCGUGGCGAUUUGAGUCUGGCCGGGACCGUGAUCGCCGUGGUGCCCGCUCUCCCCGGCGUGGACGCUCCCCAUCUCCCCGUCGCAGCACCCGCGAGUACUCACCGCGCAAGGAUGAGCGCCGGGACCGCGAUCGCGACUAUGAUCGCGAAGGCGGCCGUCGUGACCGGGAUCGUUCUCGUAGCCCUGACCAUCGCGAUCGCGAGCGUGAUUCUAAGGAUGACCGUGAUGACCGCGAGCGAAGGGAGAAUGGAACCAACGGUGAAGAGCGAAAGCGUACGUAUCGUAUUUAUUCGGGCAUCACGCGGUUCGCCAUUGCUAACCAGAACGCAGCCCAAGACAGCCCUCCUCCUCCAGCUCACGAUGAUCUCGACGUUGCCGAAUGAUCCAGGUUCAUUAUUCGCAAGGCUGGAAACGUCCAUCGGUCGUAGGCCAAGUUUUAAGGAAAAGUUUCUGCUUUCUGACUCGGACGUGGCUUUUUUUCCUCUCUCUUAACAUGCGCAAUAUCUCUAGCACCGACUUGAUGGCCCGACCAGAUGUGUGGCCACGUAGAAUUACCCAGGAGUCGCGAGGUCGGUCGUGGUGCCCUUUUUUCUUUGCGAGAUUGAUGGUAUUUGGCGGGACGUGUUUCAUAUGGAAGUACACAUUUCACGGGUAGUUUAGACAGUUGAUCGUAAAAGGUGUCACAAGGAUGAUAAAUCGACGACGCUCUGGUUCUUAA